GUUACGACACAACUGUUUCCACAUCCUUCAUCCCACAGUACAGUCGCUUCGGGUCCGAAACAGCAACAUUUAUCCCCAAUAGCUGCAUAUCUUCGCCACGAUGUUUGUCCCUCAGGGAAUGAGAAGGGCCAGACAGGCCCGAAGAGCCCGUGCAGAAGCACUCUUUCGUGAAGAAAAGAAAGCAGAAGUAAGAAUUCCUUCACGCAAAGAAUUAGACGUUGCCCGUAGACCUACACUAAAAGAGGCUGGACUGUACGACCUAGUCCUCGACACGGGGAGGUACAUGGUCUUAGUGUUGUUGGUGUUAGGAAUCGCACACACUAUGGCCGUGCCCAACGCCUUUAACCUCACCAACAACAUGGAAAACACGUUUCUGUCUAAGCUGGACAAGAUCAACGUCAGUGUCGAUGUGUAUUAUUGGCUGGAGAAUGAGUUGUUGCCGAAGGUGUCAGCGGACGGAUACACCGCCGACGACCAGUCUGUUCUCGUUGGAUUAGUGAGAUUGCGCCAAGUCCGAGUCCCGUUAGAUACAUGUAAUUUCCACCACGGGUCCAGACUGCUGUCCUUGUACUUCUUCGACAUGUGCGCGGAGGACUACACGCGUGGUAGCGCGGUCAAAAGUCACUUCCAUCCUGGAUGGACCAAAGAGUCGAACCUAACGGACACGUCGAGCCCUUGGGUCUACAGGCAGACGGACAGCAUCUGGGCCCUGUGGCACUACGACAGUGGUGGAUACGUGGAAGACAUAGAUCCCAGAUUACCCAAUUAUAACCACCGCUUGAGUGAACUCCGCAACAUGAGCUGGAUCGACAGACAGACGAGAGCUAUUUUUGUGGAUUUCACUCUGUACAAUGCUAACGUGGACCUGUUCUGUGUGGUUUCCGUACUUGUGGAAACCCCGGCAACCGGAAGAGCUAGAGCCCAGGUCGAUCUACCAGUUUUGCGCCUCCAUCUUUACAACCAAACCACUGACCUUAUACUUUUGACCUUUCAGAUUGCUUACGUCAUUUUUCUCACUUACUUCAUCUAUUACGCUGUUCGUGGCAUUCUCAAAGAUAGGAUGGAAUAUUUCAAAGACAUAUGGAAGGUUCUUGACCUGAUAAUCGUUAGUCUGUCUCUGAUAGCAGUCGCAGCUUUUGGUGCACGAAUGGUUCUGACCGAAAAUACCCUGGCAAACUAUCGCGAAAACAACAAAUCGUUUCUCAACAUCGCUCCAGUCGUUCUUGCAGAUAGUACACUUCUAAACGUGGUCUCCACAUUGGCUUUUAUUGGCUGCUGCCGAUGUUGUAAGUUACUGAGUGGAAACAACAGUCUUUCUUUGAUGCAGAAGACUUUCGGCCGUGCGAUAAAGCCCAUGUUGGCCCAUGGAUGUGUCAUCGUGGUCGUCAUGCUAGCCUACGUCAUGCUGGGUAAUAUCUCUUUCGGUGGCUAUGUGGAGUCUUACUCCACUAUCUACAACGCAUUCCUAACCGUGACAAACUUUGUGAUUGGUUCAUACCAACUGGAAGAUUACGUCCUGUUCCCAACCUUAGGAACGAUCUUCUUCAUCAGUUUCAUCCUCUUCAUGAAUUUCGUUCUCCUGAAUUUCUUCGCGACUGUGAUGAUGGACGCUUUCUUUACUGAGAAGGAGACGUUCGUGAUUCCGGAGGACAGAGAGAUUGUGACGUACACCAUGAACAGGAUCAGGGCCCGCAUGCCAGGCUGGUGUCAUGGUCAUGCAGAGAACCAAUCACCCGAUGGUGCCGAGUCCGACCCGGCCACAACGUCGUUCGGGAGCUCCGAGAACGGUUGUGAUGAUGAAAGGAUGCCUGCGAUGAAGACGACUGAAUAA